UCUCUCUGGCCAGUGCGGCUGACAAGAUCAAGAACCACUGGAAGUUUAUCAUCAUUCAUCUCUUGUACAUCACCGUACAUCAAUAAUAUAGAGCUUUCGAUGAUAUAGGAAGCCCACUAGCUCAAUAAUAUCAUACGAGUCGGUUCAUUUAUUUAGACAGCCAGACACAAGAGAUCAAAUCAAAGCCAUUCAGGCAGAACAGAACAGCUCGAAAUAAUAAUUGCACACUACAUUUGACGUGAUUCGGGAGGACACUUGAAUCAACCAUUUCCUUGACACAGUUGAUUCUAAAUACCAAACCAACUGUUGGGCCAGCAGCUAAUUAGAAAAACAAAAAAACAUAAAGUUUGCAUAGUUGCAUCAUCAACGCGACAGAAUCGAGAAGAAGCUGUAGUUAUAUUGUGCCACCAAGUAAAUCAAAUUUCUUCUCCGGCAGAUCUGAUGGUGAACAUGAAGAAUUCGACGACUACCAGUGGGAACGGCCCCAUCGUCAAGUUUCAUAAUUGUCUCAUUCUCAGGAACCAUGAGUUGAUCAAUGACGAGCUCUGGAUCAGUGGUUCCAAUAUUAUUGACCCCGAGUCCUUGUUUUACAACGAGAAGAUCUUACCAGACCAAGUCGUGGAUUGCAAGGGGGCAAUAAUUUCACCCGGUUUUAUUGAUGUACAACUUAACGGCGGGUUUGGUGUCGACUUUUCAUACGAUGUGGACACCGUCAACGUUGGGAUUAUGACUGUGGCCAAGGGGAUUUUGGCCCAUGGAGUCACGUCAUUUUGCCCCACAUUAGUGUCAUCUCAUCCCCACGUCUAUACCAAGGUUUUGCCACACCUGAAGCGAUGCGUGGGGGGAAAACAUGGGGCGGAGGUGCUCGGAGCCCAUGUCGAAGGACCCUUCAUAAAUCCAGAGAAGAAAGGAGCUCAUGACCAGGCAACCAUGCAGACUUUCAAAAAUGGAAUGGAAUCUAUAAGAGAAGUGUAUCAACACAUUGAUUCAAUUUGUAUGAUAACUCUCGCCCCCGAACUGCCAAAUGCGAUCAAAGUCUGCAUAGAGCUGAAUGAAAUUGGAGUCAUUGUUUCCGUUGGUCAUUCCAUGGCAAAUAUUGCUCAAGGAGAGCUUGCCGUUAACAACGGAGCAUCUUUCAUCACUCAUCUCUUUAAUGCUAUGUUGCCUUUCCAUCACCGUGAUCCAGGCCUGGUAGGUCUUCUCGGGUCAGAAAACCUACCUCCAGGGAAAAUAAUUUACUAUGGAAUUAUUGCUGAUGGAAAUCAUACCCAUCCAUCCACCACGCGAAUUGCUUAUAGAUCUUAUCCCAAAGGAAUUGUUUUGGUGACGGAUGCCUGUUCUGCUAUGGGAUUAUCCAACGGAGUAUACCACAUUGGCCAACAGGUUAUCGAAGUUACGGGAACAAAAGCUUUCGUUCAGGGGACGAAUACUUUGGCUGGGAGUGUGGCCACGAUGGUUUCUUGCAUCCAAUAUUUUUGGGCGACAACUAAAUGCACACUUGUGGAAGCGUUGGAAGCCGCAACUCUUCAUCCAGCAACACUUCUCAAGAUUGAGAAGCAUAAAGGAACUCUUGCCUUUGGUUCCGAUGCGGAUUUUGUCUUCUUAAAACCUAACACGUUGGACGUAAUUUCUACUUGGAUUGGUGGACAGUGUGUCUACCAGAAUGAUAAGUUUGAUGAAUUGAUAACAACUUCUGAGAACUGUAGUGUCAGCAAGAAGAAGUCCUCCAAUUCUUAAAGAUUAGCUAAUGAAAUGAACUGUACUAUUUUAAAUAUAUGCAGAAUUCUUUUGAACAAGAAUGACAUGUAUCCUUAAUUAAAUUGUAAUAAAAAAAAUGAAAACUAA